GGAUUGGAAUACACUUUUUUUUCAACCCAAACUAAAAAGCAACAAAUUCCCCUCUUUUUUCUCCACAAAUCCAAUCGAAUUAGGUUCUGAAAAUCGCUUCCAAAUCCCAAACAACAGAAAACAAGAAAGCGUUGCAGAAAAUAGAGAGAGAAAAACAAAAAAAAAUCACAAAUGCGAACGCCAUGUUGCCAUUCGUUCCUCGCGUUCAUCCUCAAAUUCCUGAAUUUUCUGCAGGCAUUUGUUGGCCUCGCCAUAAUCUUGUACUCCGCUUACCUGCUCAACCAAUGGCAACGCCACAAUCACUACCUUCCGCCGCCGGGAGCUCUCAAUUUGGCGCUCGGUUUUGAUGUCAGCUCUUUACCCGCACCUUGCUUAAAUUUGGCUGGGGGCGAAAAAGUUUAUAUAUGCGUUUAUGGGGAUUGGGAUUUUGGUAUGUUGCAUAACUUUCAUUGGCCACAUUGCUGCAGAGGCUAUCAAUGGCUGCUGUCUUUGUUUUGUAUCCUUUUCUCUUAUCCUCUUUUCUCUGCGUCUUGUGUGGAGAAAAUGUCAGAUAAAGGGACAAAUAGCAUCAGGAAAUUAAGCCAGAAAAACGUUAUGGAUGAUGCAGAAAAUUUCGAGCACUAUGCUAUACUUGCUACCCUGUUUAUUCUGUUGGAAGCUGGUUUGGUGGCUUUCAUAGCUCUUGAUCACAAUUGGGAGAAGGAUAUCCCAUUUGAUCCCACUGGAGAACUUGACAGAAUACGGACCUUUAUAGAAGACAAUGUUGAUGUCUUUAUGUGGGUUGGCAUUGCCAUUGUUGUAAUGCAGGCAGGUUUUGUCUUAUCCCUACUUUUUGCAUUGAUAUUGAGAUCCUUAGUUUCUGUUCGGCAAGAGGAUGAUGACAUUGAGGGAGACUAUGAUUACAGGAGUAAUAGCCGUGAACCACUCCUUGCUCCUUAUUCGAGCCAAUCAUCUGUUUCAGCUAGAGGUGACUCUGAUAUAUGGAGUUCAAGGAUGAGAGAGAAGUAUGGUCUGAACAAUGGCGAAACAAAAAGCAGUUUACUGAACCAGAAUCCAUCAAGUGAUGCUAAACCUUGAAAGGUACUUAGUAUACGGUGUGUCUCUCUCUCGAAACUGCUUGUUUGU